UUUCACGUUAAAAACUCUGAAUCGUGCCUUAGCUGUAGACAACGAAGAUGAAUUUUGUCUCGCUAUUCAGUAAGGUUCUCUUCGCUUUGCUCGCCAUCAGUAGCGAACUUGAGUCCCUCGUGUUGGUCGGGGCCGUUUCGCUUGCGGCGUCG